GAAUGGGGGCCAUAGAAAACGUUUACCACCUUCUUCUUCUUCUCUUAGAUGUGAUCUCGCCGCUGGGAAUUACCUACCAGACCAGGAAUGAGAUUGGCGCUGGACUGGGCGGCUUGGCCGUCGGCAAAAAGGAGGACAACUACGCAAAGUGCCAAGUCGAUCGUCUCAAGGUAACAAACACGGAACUCUGACAUUGACAAUGAGAAAAACCAUGGCAGGAUCUUCUCUCUUUGGGGAACUGCCGCGACGUCACGCUAUGGACUUGCAACGAUUGCAUCGCGGCAUACACAACCUGGGUAAAGAAAGAAAAAAACAAACGGAAACGAAAGCCUUGUGUUCUUCACAUUCUCUUUUCCUUGAUCCAGAUGUGUGCGAUCCAGUUCCCCAAAUGCAUACCUUACCCCUUUCACUUCAGCAUACCCAGGAAGAACGCCACCACCAAUCCCAAGGCCGGCAUGAAGGCCGACCUCAUCUGGGGAUACGGAGGAACGUCGCCGGAUUACGUCGUCAACCCCUGCUUCGAUCUCUGCUACGACGUCGUCCGAAAGUGUCCACCAUCGCUGCAAUUCACGUGUCCCACCGAUACCAGGAGCUACGGGGACAAAUCUGGAUGCAACGAUCUUGUUUAGAAACAUCUGUGCUGAAACAAAAACAAGGAA